AGAAACCUGCGCCAAGCGGUUGGGUGACUUCAACGAGGAGCUACGCGAUCUCGAUCACGCCGUUGGGCGCUGCGAGGAUCGUCUGGCAGCCCACGAUGCGUUGGGUGGUGCGGCUAAGGAUCCGAAGCUGCUGGAGCGUGUGCGAGCCAUCAAGGACGAUGCCAGUACCUUGAGCAAACCGUUGCAGUCGGUGCGAAAGCUGGCUGGUGAGAUUGCCGGCGAAGCGCGUGCCGCUGGAGGUGAUGCCGAUCAUCUGAAGUCGGAAGUCGAUGGUAUCAGCGAUCGCAUCGAGGACCUGCACGCUCGGUUGGAUGAUCGCUGCGGAGAGCUACAGUCGGCGGCUACAGCCGUUUCGCAAUUCAACGACAAGGUGAAGCUUCUCGGCGUGGAUUUGAACGAGCUGGAGAAUCAGGUGGAUUCGCUGAACCCUCCUGCCCGUGAGAUCAAGAUCGUGCUUAAUCAGCUGGACGAGGUCGCUAGCAUACUGGGCAAGAUCGAUCGCGUAGGAGGGCAGGUUAGUGAGGUGGAGCGAGCUGGUGAGCAGCUUGUGGACUGUGGAUUCGCCCCCGAUACCGCCCAAACGAGAGAUCAGAUAGGAACGCUACGCAAACAGCUUGGACGUUUAGAGAAUCGUGCCCGUGACCAUGACGACGCAUUGCAGCGCGCACUAAAGGCCCUGGAGAAGUUCUACGAUCUGCAUCAACAUACGCUGGAAGAUCUCGCGGAGGUGAACGACGAGCUGAAGAAGAUGAAACCAGUGAGCUCGGAGCUGGAGCAGAUCCGCAAUCAACAAGAUGAUUUCCGACGUUUCCGGCAGCGCGUGGUUGAGCCAUUGACGGGCAAAAUUGAUGAGAUCAACCGGCUGGGGCAGGAUCUGAUUCGCUCCGCACAAGGCGCCGUCCCAACCGCGAUCCUAGAGAAGGAUCUGGAAAAGAUUAACGACAAAUGGAAUGAUUUGAAGGAAAGAAUGAACGAGCGCGACCGUCGAUUGGAUGUGGGUCUGCUACAAUCCGGCAAGUUCCAGGAGGCGCUCGACGGUCUGUCCAAGUGGUUAAAGGAUACGGAGGAGAUGGUGGCGAACCAGAAGCCACCGAGUGCGGACUACAAGGUCGUAAAGGCGCAGCUGCAGGAGCAAAAGUUCUUGACGAAAAUGUUGCUCGAUCGACAAAACUCGAUGUCUUCGCUGUUCCAACUGGGCCAGGAGGUGGCAGCCGGUUGUGAUGCGUCCGAAAAGGCUGGCAUCGAGCGCCAGCUUAAGGAGCUGAUGCGUCGCUUCGACGAUCUUACCGAUGCUGCUCAGCGUCGCACGCUCGACCUCGAGCAGGCGAUGCACGUUGCCAAGCAGUUCCAGGAUCAGCUGAUUCCGCUGACGAAAUGGUUGGAAGGAGCUGAGCGUGCCGUGAAAGCAAUGGAGCUGGUGCCGACGGACGAGGAGAAGAUUCAGACGCGCAUUCGCGAGCACGAGCAGUUGCACGAUGAGAUUCUGUCGAAGAAGCCCGACUUUAGCGAGCUGGCCGAUAUUGCCGGGCAGCUGAUGGAGCUGGUCGGUGAUGAUGAAGGUGUAACGCUGAGUGAGAAGGUGAAAAACACGACCGAUCGGUACACGGAUCUUGUGGUGGCCAGCGAAAACAUUGGCCACGUGCUCAACGAAUCGCGCCAAGGAUUGCGCCAUUUGGUGCUGACGUAUCAGGAUCUGGUUUCGUGGAUGGAGAAAACGGAGAACAAACUGCAGCGCUUCAAGAUCAUCCCGGUACAUACCGAGAAGCUGCUCGAACAGAUGGAUGUGCUGGUGGUGUUGAACGAGGAAAUCGCUAGCCGCUCGCCAAACGUGGAAUCGACCGUGGAUGCUGGUUCCGAGUUGAUGAAGCACAUCUCUUCGGACGAAGCGCUCCAGUUGAAGGACAAGCUGGACUCGCUUCAACGUCGCUACGGAGAGCUGACAACGAAGGGUGGUGAUCUACUGAAGCACGCCCAGGAUGCACUUCCGUUGGUACAGCAGUUCCACGAUAGCCACCUGCGUCUGGUGAACUGGAUGCAGGCCGCCGAAUCUUCGCUCGCCACUGGCGAUGCCAACGAGAUCGACAUUGCACGGCUGGAGGCCGAGUUGAGCGAGAUCCGACCACUACUGGAGCAGGUUAACUCGAUUGGUCCGCAGUUGUGUCAGAUUUCGCCUGGUGAGGGUGCUUCCACGAUCGAGGGUAUUGUCACGCGCGAUAACCGUCGCUUCGAGGCCAUCGUCGAACAAAUUCAACGCAAGGCUGAGCGGCUACAUUUGAGCAAGCAGCGAUCGAACGAAGUUACGGCCGACAUCGAUGAGCUGCUGGAAUGGUUCCGCGAUAUGGAUGCUACACUGCGUGAUGCCGACCCACCGGCCAUGACACCGAAGCUCGUGCGAGCACAGCUGCAGGAACAUCGCUCGAUCAAUGAUGAUAUCUCGAGCCAGAAGGGACGGGUACGGGAUGUGACAGCCUCGGCGAAGAAGGUACUGCGUGAAUCGCAA